AUGAGCUACAUCAAAAUGCUAGCGACAACGGUAGUCAAAGUAUCUCCCCACUUAGACAUAAUUCCUUUCGACUGUAUCACCCCCGUCCCAAAGAAACGAGCCUCAUUCCUCCCCAAACCACAACCAGUCGCUUCAAAGCCAGAAACCACCACCGACACUCAUCUCGACCCACCGGCAGUAUGUUCCACCUUAGCCCGCCUAAAGGCAGAGGAAAUAAUGAACAUCGUGGAGCGCUACGGCUCCCAUGAGCGCACAACCACAGCCGGAGAAUGGCUGGGCCGGUCAUCGUUUACGCCGCGUGUCCAGACACAUGUUGCAGCCAACAGGGCAAUUCCUAUGGUUCUACCUGCUUUUCCGAUGAAGAGCAAUAACCGCAUGGACAAGGUGCUAGGUUCACUUCCAGAUUUGGGGGAUGAGCUUGGGUUAGCGCGGUUAGUGAAUCUUUGUCGGGAUAUCAAGGCUGUUUACCCGCCUGGUGCAGUUGUGGUUAUGGUUACGGAUGGGAUUUGCUAUAAUGAUCUUACGGGGAUUUCUGAUGAGGAGGUCUGGGAAUAUGGGAAUCGACUGCGGAAGAUCGCCGUUGAGAAGGGAUAUGCUUGCAUUCAGUUCCAUCGUAUUAUGAAUAUGCUGGGUGUUUACACUAGCGCCCAUAUUUCAAAAUCGGAUUAUGUGAAGCUCUGUGGUUUAUCCAGGGCUGAACUCCAUCGACGGUGUGGGCGGCCGGGUUUUGAUGUCGAUAAGUUUUUGAAAAAUGAUGAGGAUUAUCUCAGGACUUAUAAUGGAUAUGACAAGUUCAUGAAAGUCGAUCUAAAAUUCAGCCCAGUGACUAAAGAUUGCGCCGGUCCUAAACAAUAUAAGAGGAGGAUCAAGAUUAUCGCAAAAGCCAUGAUUGUCCGCGGAGUGGAAUACGCGGACAAGUCUACACUAUAA